CCACCCCACCGAAAAUUCACUUUACGGUUUUACCCCCAAGUCCCGUCAUCUAUUUCUUGCGCGCUUCGCUUCGAAAACCAGAGCAACCUGAACAGAGCAACCAUGGCGAUCAUCCUCCUUCACAUUGUAGCCUUCUUCGUUAUGACUUUCAACGUUGCAAAUUGUCAAUCCUUUAUCGGCGUAAACUACGGUCAAGUCGCCGACAACCUCCCGCCGCCGUCAUCCACCGCAAAGCUACUCCAGUCCACCUCAAUCCAAAAGGUCCGGCUCUACGGAUCCGACCCGGCCAUAAUCAAAGCGCUAGCCAACACCGGCAUCGGAAUCGUCAUCGGAGCGGCCAACGGCGACAUCCCUGCCCUUGCGUCCGACCCGAAUUACGCGAGCAACUGGGUCAGCACCAACGUUCUUGCCUUCUACCCGGCAAGCAACAUCAUCCUCAUAACGGUCGGCAACGAGGUCCUGACCUCCGGCGACCAGGGACUGGUGAGUCAACUAGUUCCGGCGAUGCAAAAUGUCCAAAACGCCCUCAACUCCGCAUCUUUGGGCGGGAAAAUUAAGGUCUCCACUGUCCAUGCCAUGUCGGUGCUCAAGCAAUCUGAGCCGCCGUCCUCCGGUAGCUUUGAUCCUAGUUUUGGUGACGUCAUGAAGGCGUUGCUGGCGUUCUGUAGCGCCACCGGUUCGCCUUUUGCAAUCAACCCGUACCCGUAUUUUGCGUACCGGAGUGACACCCGACCCGAGACCCUGGCUUUCUGCCUCUUCCAACCCAACCAGGGCCGGUUCGACUCCAACACAAACAUCAAGUACAUGAACAUGUUCGACGCACAGGUGGAUGCAGUAAAAUCUGCAUUGAACUCCAUGGGGCACGGUAAUGUGGAAAUUGUGGUUGCGGAGACUGGCUGGCCGUACAAAGGAGACGACAAUGAGGUCGGUCCGAGUGUCGAAAAUGCCAAAGCCUAUAACGGUAAUCUGAUUGCGCAUCUUCGAUCAAUGGUUGGGACUCCAUUAAUGCCAGGGAAGUCGGUGGACACUUACCUCUUUGCACUCUAUGAUGAGAACUUGAAACCCGGCCCUGGUUCCGAGAGAGCUUUCGGCCUCUUCAAGCCUGACCUUACCAUGACUUAUGACGUUGGUCUCUCCAAGAGUGCUAGCCAGACCCCCACCACGCCAACUGUGCCCAAGACGCCGACCGUGCCCACCACACCCAAGACACCCUCUGCAGUAGUGCCCAAAACGCCAACAAACCCAUCUACUGCGCCGAAUCCAAAUAAAGGGGUGUGGUGUUUGCCUAAGAAAGGAGUGUCGGAGACUCAGUUGCAGGCUAACAUAGAUUAUGUUUGUGGACAUGGUUUUGAUUGUAGUCCAAUUCAACCGGGCGGGGCUUGUUUUGAACCAAACACGGUGGCUUCCCACGCUGCUUAUGCCAUGAAUAUUCUGUAUCAAACCGCCGGUCACGAUGCUCAGAACUGCGAUUUCUCGCAAACUGCUACACUAUCCUCGAACAACCCUAGUAAGGCUUUGACCAGAAUAAAGUUCAUUUCACCUCAAGCAUGCAUUUGUGUGCUUAUACUCUUUUGUUUCGUAUAGGCUACGAUAGCUGCAACUACCCAAGUGGGAGUACCUGAAGAUAUAGAGAUAGAUGGCCUCUGUGUCACUAAAUAAACGUCACAUUCUGAAAGCUAAAGCUGAAGGAACUUGAGAAGACUGAAAUAUGUAGGGGGAAAAAAAAAACUAGGAUCCUGAAUCCUUCAGGAGUUCAGGGUGUGUUUUGUGUAACUUAUGAUGGUUUAUGUGUUUAGCCUGAAAUUAGAAACCUUUCCUUUCCUCCAAAUGGUUUUCUAAGAAUUGUUUUGUGUAAAUGUAAAUGAAUGAAUAUAUAUGGUUUAUGAGAGAGCUGUGGUUUCCUAAGAA